AUGGGAAUGUUCACGUUUCUGUUACUGCAAUUAAAUUAUUCUUAUUCUAAGGCCACAGUAAUAAGUUCGGCAAUUGGGGGCGUACUAACAUUAGGAUUGGCCUUUUCUCCGAUUUGCAGAUGUAUUUUUAUGAUGGUCUUGCCCCAGUUAUUUUCGGACAAGGGUCGACAUGCGCUACUCAUGUACGCGUUCAUUUUAUCGUUUUCCGGACCUUCCAAGACUACAUUACACAACACCGGAGUGUUAUCGGAAUCGCUCACUUGCUUGCAGGACGAAAUAAAAUCGGCCAUACGACAAAUCGUUGAAAUAAUAAAAAAGCCACUACUGGCCAUCCGAACUUCUAUAACGCGCAUAAAGGCAAACCUAGCGGUAAUAAUAAAUAAAAUGAAGAAAGGAAUGUUGGCCGUCAAGAAUACUGUGAUAGAGUUAGUACGAACAAUCAGGUCGGCGUAUGAAUGGCUGUACAGCGUAAUGAAUAUUUGUAACAAAAAAGUCGGCACACCAUAUCAGAGGUGCACGAAAAUGUUUGACAACGCUUUGGAGGAGUGUAAAGUGACAGUGUCGCCUACUUUCGAUUUUAUGUGUUCGAUAUCCUACGUGAUUUCAAAUGUAUGCUACACGGUCAAGUUUCUGGACAGCCUUUGUGAAUUUUUCGAAUUCAUAAACGAAUCUAUUUUCGGGGCCAUUCAUAAAAGUUUAAAGAGUUACGUACGUCACAUGAAAAACAUGUUUUACGUAUCCAUCGAGUUCAAACAUUCGUUUGCAUUUGAGUCGACACCGAGCAAAAUGAGUAGUGACAUUAUUCGUGGUAUCAUUACCGAAAUUAAGUACAAGAUCGAAAAUGUCGUAGUGUUGUUUGACUGGGCUGGGUCGAUUUUUUCGUUCUUCUUUCUGUACGUGUUUGUAAGGGUGUUACGGUACAGACAGAAGUAUUUGACGGUUGAUUCGUUUGAUAACAAAUACUUGACAAAGGAGUUAUACGAGCUAGACGAACGGAAACAGAUCCUUGAUCGACCGACCAUUAUGCCGCUGACUAGAGUAGAAAAAAAUAAAUUCAUAGAGCGAACAUCUGCUCAUUUGGUACUGAAAGAAAGAAAAGCGUUGUUCCGGUCAUUGGCCAUACUACUACUGGCGACAUUUAAAAUACUCAUACAAAUGGCGGUGGAUUACAGUCUUUAUUGGAUAUUGAUCACUGUCAGAAAAUAUGGGCGACUGUCAUCACAACUCGACCCACCAAGAAUGAUCGAUGUGAACAUCGAAGGCGAUGGAAUACUAGCAGAUCUGUAUAAGACUAUAAUUCAAACAUUUAAGCCGGUGGCAAAGGAAAUGAACAUGGACACAAUGAGUUGCUUGCCGAAUCCAUGGCCGCCAAACUACGAUUGCUAUCGGCGGAUAAUUUUUGUGUUAGUUUUGACGUGGUUUUUGGCUAUUAUGCAACCAUACGGUUUGCGGUUUCGGUCUUACGUUAUGGGAUACUAUCACCCAGACGUGGCUAGCACAAGAGCGGUAUGGCUGCAUAACCAUAUAAUCCGCCGGAGAAUCAGUUUUGUCAAAUUCGCAAGACGAUUUCUGCGCAGGAAAUUCGGCUUGGGUGGCGGAGAAGGUGCUACAGACACAUCCUUUAUGGAUUUUAUCUAUUCUAAGUAUCCGUUCUUGGAUCGCAUCUGGAGUCGUAAGAAGCAGACAGUAUGCCUGCUAUGUGGCUACAAAGCAAAGGCAAGAGACUUAAAAUCGGGCGAAAUUAUAUUGUGUGCCAAUGAGAACUGUAAAGGUGUGUAUUGUUCAAAAUGUUUCACAGACAUUGAUAACAUGUGCACUCUGUGCAGCAAGCCUAUUCAUUAUGGAGAUAUAACAGACAUUAGUGAAGAAAAAGAUAGUUCAUCGGAUGCAGCGGAGACCAACGCAGUAAAAUUAUCAUUGCGCAAAAGACCAUCGAAGAAGAUUGGGAAACGAAGACAUACGGUUACGUGGGCCAAAACAAAAGUGCCCUCAGUUUUUCGUAUAGAUAGCUCUGGCGAGGAAGGCGAUAUCAGCGAUGAGAGAUCAAGCGUAUGUACAAACAGUACAUGUAGCACUGUCUCAAAUUCUUAUGAAAAUGAUCCUAACUACGUGAACGCGGAUUUGAACUACAAGACAUUAAUUGUAGAGAGUCAAGAUGGAAUCCGAACGAAUUUGUCGAUUUAGUUAUAACAGUACUGUGAUUACAUUUUUUUCUGAUGAUCAACGAGCUUAAUUAAUUAAAUAAAAUAUUAAAUUACACGAAAUUAAUACAAUAUAAUAUAAUGUUAUAUUAUAAGACGUUAUAUGGUACAAUAUAAUAUAUUUCUGUACUCAUUAUUGGAAUUGUAAUAUUGUAUAAUUGUAAAAUAGCAUUCAAAUAACUUACUAAUAAUUAUAUAAUCUGUAUAAUGUA